CGGCAGCCGUGAAAGGACACGUGCGGUUAGGAUUGGCCACUCCGGGCACCCUUACCUUUCCCGGCAGCCCCCACGGUAGCGGCGGCGGUUGUCAUGGGGCGAGUUUGAACCGCCGCGCUUCACCAAGUCCCCCGCUGCGGCAAGGAAGAAAUAUUUGUUUUCACAUGAUAUAUGGAGGAAUAUAAAAAUUCAUGUGAGCAGAGUAACCCUGGCAGGAGCUGCAGAGGAACUGGCACUUGCUCCAACAGUGGGCAGCAUGAUUGGAAGAAAUAGAGAAGAGGGGACCCUCAGGAGCCCUCAGCUCCAGCUAGAAGUAAUUGCAGCCAGUUACUUGGGAGUGUGAAAGAAGAAUGUAAGCUGUAUCUAGUACAUCAGAAAAUGUGAAUAUAUCCCCCACUUUGCUUCCAGCUUGUACCACUACAAAGAGCAUGUUCUCAAAAUUACUUCCACAACAGAGGCCAGUUUACAGGUGACUGUGGAUUUUUGGUAUCCUUAUAUUCUAUUCAAUGUGAUGGGACCAAGCAAACCAGCCACAUCCUAUGAUCCAUUUGCAUCCAGUAUCCAAGCAGAAAAGAAUGAAGCGAGGACCCUCCAGACACAGCUCCAGUUUAAUAGAAACGUUCCUGCAGCUCCAGAGAACUUGGCUGUCAGAUUCUCCAGCCCUCGUCCAAUUAUAAUAGAAAAGCUGAAGCCACCUGAUGGUCAGCGAGAUCUAGGUGGUGGUGAUGACACCAAUUUAAGAAGUUCUGUCACAUUUUCAGUCAUAUCUGAAGAGAAGCUAAAAUUGGCCAUCCACUUAGCCAAAAGGGAUGUAAAACGAAGACACCUGGAAGAACAAGUGAAAGAAGCUGAAAAUAAAUCCGUGUUCCCCCAGACAUCUGAGCAGUGUAAAAGCGAAGUAUCUGAAAAUCCUGCAGAGAGGACUGCAUCAAAGUCUCGGACAUGCUUGAAAUAUCAUCAGCAACUUGGUCAACCCUCCAAAAUGGGGAUUACCGACUCUGGUGCAAAAGUGUAUCUCUACACUCCAAAUCGAGGCAAGUUAAAGCCACCUGUUUCAGAUUCGCCGCCCACCCAUGAUCCAGGACCAGGGCCCAAGCCAAGCCUGAAAAAAAUCGAAGAUAAAAGUACACAGGAAGUCAGACGACUGCAAAAAGAACUGAGAUGUUGCAUCCAGAAAAUUGAAGAACUGGCUAAAAGAGAGAGACGUGAAGAAAUCUUGGAUCCUGAUGAAGAGCGACGAGUUCGCAUUAGGAGGCAGGAGCAAGCUGCACGGUCUGCUCGGAUGCUGUAUGUCCUCCAGCAACAGGUAAAAGAAAUUCAGGAAGACUUGGAGAAGCUGAGUCCUCAUAAAAUCAAACACACAAAGAAGUCUCGAGCCAUGUCCAGAGUGGCAGCUGCCCACAGAGGAGCAAUUCGUGCCUUGCAAGUGUUUGCCACUCAAUUUACUGAUCAAUCAGAGCAUCUGGUUCCUGCGCAUUACAAGGAAUUGGGCAAUCUCAUUCGACAACUCUCUCUCUGUUCUGCCAAAUUAGAAAUGGAUUCUUCCAUUCCUGACAUCAUCAUAGACAUUCUGCUACAAAUUGAGGAUUUGGAUUCUCUGCUGGAGAAGAAACGAUCACCCAAAAAAGUGAAGAAAUGUCUCUCGGCAUCUCAGGGUAAAUCUCCAGUGAGUAGCGAGAUGUUUCCAGCCAGAGAGCAGAUUGCAUCUCCAAAGAAAGAGAAGAAACCACCCAUCUCAAAGAAGCGACUUGGACAAGAUCAGAAAAAACCUUCAGUAGCUAGGAAACUUCUGACUGAUGAAGAUCAACAUGUUGCAAAUAUUCCAUUGGCACAGAAGCGAAGCAGUCAUGCUGAUUUAUCAGAUCAAGAAUUCCAGCAAGGACAUGACCCCCACACCUCAGACAGAGAUGCAGUUUUAAAAACAAGUCAGGAUGCAUUGAUGAGAGCUGGAGCUGUGAAGAAAGCCCCUGUGCUUGAAAGUGGACCUUUGAAAAAGAAAGGUGUAUUAUUACCUGCCAAACAACAGGGAAUUCGUAAGCUUCCAAGAUCGAGACCUGUGCAGCCUCAGGCAAAGCAUGCCCGGUUUCAAGAGACCACUGUAGCUUUCAGGCUAAAAGAGACCAAACCACUUGUUAAGGAAAGUAGAAUGCCUUGGGUACCUCCAAAUCCUACAUCCCCACCUGCUUCACCUAAACGUGCUCCUUGGGGAUACAUGAAUGCUAGUCCCAAAGCUUCCAGCAGAGAACAGUCAGCUUUGCAGAAAGAGGGAACUGAAGAAGGAAGAUUAGGAGCCAUUGAAAAAGAAGCUCUCAGACUAGCUUGGCUUGAUGCAGAAACUUCAAGAAGGACGAAGGAACUAACGGAAUUUAGUAGAGAAGAAAUGGAGAAAAUACAAAAAUUGAGGUCAGAAGGUGCUUCUCCUACACAGCUGGCAGACAAGGUGGAGAAAGCAGUUCGGGAGCGUUUGGAACCUCUCUUGGAUAAAGCGCAGAAGGUCAAGCUUUCUUUGGAAACGCACACUCGUUUGAAGGAUUCUUCAUUUAUAAACAAACUGUCAUCCCAGGCUGCUGAAAAAGCUGCAUCCAAUGCAGAUAUGCUGAGUGAGAAGUUAUUGGAUGAUCUUUUGGAAGAUACAGCUCAGGAACUCUGGAAUAUGGAGCAACACAAGAAGGUGCAAGCUGAGGCUGUAGCCAUGCAUGACAGUCCUAGUCUGGAAACAAUGCUGCAAAGAAUGGAAGAAAUCGAAAGAUACCAAGAUGCGGUUCGCAGGCGAUUUAAUCAGAUUGUCUAUGCUGAUUCGGAGUUCUGGGCACAGGAAGAGAAAAGGGAAAGAGAGAGUGCAUCAAUAGAGAAAAGGCCUAUGUCUCCUCAUCCAAUCCAAAUAACCAAAUUGAUAGGACACAAAGAGUCCCAAGUGGAUAUUGUAUUUGAAAGACCUUUUGAUGGAAAGGCUAUUGAAGAAGAUGAGGAGGUGGAAGAGAAAUUGGAGACUGGAAAUGACAUUUGGCAGCCCUUGACUCACAAUAUAUCUCGGCAGAAGGAGCGCUGCGUUUUUCUCUCUGUUCCAAAGCACAUGCUCCAGAACAUCCUUGAUUAUAACAGUAGAUAUGAGCAGCACCUGAAACUUAUUUCUCAUGAGGCAGUAGGGCACUUCAAUCCAUGGCGCAUUGCUGAGAGCCUUGCAGAAGAACUGACAGAAGAAGCCUUAUGUGAUGUGGCAGCAGAGCUGCAGGAUGUAUGUGAGGAUUAUGCAGAAGCCGUGUUCACUUCUGAGUUCUUGCAGCCCACAGAGUAAACGCUUUUAAAUCUGCCAUCAGCUAAUGGAAUGUCAAAUCCCAGCCCACCAAGCAUAUUGGGUGCUUAGGCUUUUUUUUCAGUAUCUUUCUUCUUACUGAGCACAUGGAAUAAUCUGCUCAAUGUAUGGAUGAAAUUUGGAAGGGAUUCAUCUUGGUUUUUUUUUUUUAAAUUAUAAUAAAGAUGCUUUCCUUUUUAGAUUUCAGUGUAAUAAAGGUGCUGAAAAAGUGUUUGACUAUAAUAGAAGUAAACAUUUAACAGUAAAGUUUACAUAUGUGUGCAGAGCCAUUAUCAAUCCUUCUGUAUAUCUGUGAUUAGUUUUUCACUCUUUUGUGUGAUCUAGUGGUACGAGCAAAGCACUGAGAGUUAACGGAUCUGGGGAUGGAACCCAGAAUUCUCAAUAAAUUGGGCAAGUCACUUAACCACUCCAUGCCUUACUUUCUUCCUUUGUAAUGCUCCUUACUUGCCUCACCAGAGUGUUGUGGGGCUUAAUCAAUAAAUUAUUGGUCAGAAUGCACUUUGAGCUCCUCUGAAAGAUGCGCUGGAAAUACAAACUAUUAUUAUUUCACAUGCAUUUAAAACCCAAAUUGAAAAUGCUGAUGCAAAAAAAGUAAAUGUUGUUUGAUUUGCCUUCAGAUCAAACCAUCUAGGGCAUUCCAGUAUCACACAAGAAAGAUGCUGUUUAUUUUGUCUGACAACUGCAUUAGCAUUCUUCACAGUCUUGUUAGCUGGUUUUUGGACUAGAUGCAAUAAUCCAGAGAGGUGAUCCUCAUGUCACAGCAUUAAGUGGGUAUUUUGAACAAUAGCUAGAAGUGGUUUGAUUUAUUUGCAAGAAAGCUUGUGCUGCUGUACUAUUGCAACCCCCUUAUGGUUGUAACAUUGUUUUCUGAAUAUUUUACAGCACUAUGCAGAUAUGCAUAAACAUUUAACAGUCCAUACCAACAAGACUAUUUUCAGAAAAAAGUUAUUGGCACAGGUUUUCUUCUCUCCCCCCCCCCCCCUUUUUAAUACUAACCUAAAACAAUACCAUUUCAUCUAGCACCAGCUCCAUUUAAAGACCCAAUCCUGCAUUCUUUACUCACUUAAAAUGCCCAUUAAAGUCAAUAAGAAUUAUGAGUGAACAAGGAAUGCAGGAUUCAGCUCCAAAAUUGUGACAUCAAACCAUCUAGGGCAUUCCAGUGUCUUCCUUACUUCUCAUAGUUGUUCUUAGUAUUGUGGGGGUAUGGUGUGUAUGAUAUGUACCUGAAUACUUUAGAUUCAGUAGCAGGUUAGGGAUGGAAUGUGAGACUUGUAAAAUGUCCUUGCUUUUAUUGAUUUGUGUUGAGAUGGUAUUGCACAGAAUUGUCUUAUCCCCAUAUUUUUAUUGCACAAUAAAAAUAAAUAGAAUAA